UAAUUCAUGUUUUAUGACUGAAGUGUAAACUAAAGAUUACACUAUAAUUAUAGGCCUUACUCAACACAUUCACAAAGCUUUUUGAGUCAAGACCCAUGAGAAUGACUGCUGUAGUCAAAAAUAUUAAUAUCUAGUCAAUGUAUGAUUUGAGCUGUACAUUAGCAUGAAACAUAUUACUUUACAUUAUAGUUUACCUUUUUGACGAAUCAAUUUGUGAAGAAAAACAUAAACUAACCAGGAGUUUUCUUUAUCUUGUAUACCAUAUUGUGAUGGUUUUAAUCUACCGAAGGGAACAUUAAAAACAAAUAAUCAUAAAAAGACCCCCUCCCCCUCCCCGGUGGCAUAUAUGCAUUGCGUCAUCCUUGAAUUCCUAUUGGUGGAUUGGCGAAGAUGAAUCUCGAGAGGAGUCGAGACAAGUGACAGUUAAUUUUUCAAACUGAGGAGUCCGCUAUUUCUGCUCGUUCAUACCCUAAGAUAACCAUGGUUGAUAAAUGGUCAGUAGAUGACACGUGUCACUGGCUUCAAACUAUAAACCUCAUUGAUGCAAAAGAAAGUUUCAGAGAGCAACAAAUUGAUGGAGAGACUCUGCUGGGUCUCACAGAAAGGAUGGUGGAAAGACUUUUUCCUGUAAUGAAACAUCAGGUGACACUUAUGAAGGAGCUUAAUAAGUUAAAAAACCUGGAAACUGAAGUGCCUCAAAUAUCUUGUACUCAACAAGAACCCUGUGAGAAUGAGGGCUCAUUUGUUGCCCAACCUUGGCCAGCAGUAUACAACCUGCCUGUCUUUCCCCCUGAACUGCAAGCAGCUUUGCAGAGGAAGGAUCCCAGCUUUAAGAAGAAGGACAAGUCUCACAUCCGUGCAUUACUGAUUCAAUUGUUGUUUGACAGCAUCACUAAGUACACCUGGUACAGUAUUGUAUUUAAUUGUAUUUUAUAAAAGUUAAAUGUAUUU